CUAUGGCACAUUUGUAGUAAUUUGUUUUCCGAAGUUUUAUACUGAUUUUGCAAUCUCCUUUAAUUUUAGUAUUAAUAGAAUUGUUAACGCUAAUUAAGAAGAACAUUUUCCUCUCAACUAUCCUCCAAAUCGAAAUCUCUCGCCAUCUGACAUAUUCCGAUAUGAUCUUCACCACCGGUUCUACAGUGGCCGUCCAGUCAGUUGUACACUUUGCAUCUUCCUUUCACUCUCCCGGUCUGACCCAUCCAUACAAAAAACCGUCCUUGUUCACCACAUGUUGCUCCUCUUUUUCCAAAAAGGUUGGGACAGAGAGCAGCAACAUGUGCGUGUAUAUACCGAACAAACUCCCCGACAAAAAGUAUGUGCGUGUAUUUGACACGACGCUCCGUGACGGGGAACAAGCCCCCGGUGCAGCACUUACUCCACCACAGAAGCUAGAAAUUGCCCGGCAGCUCGCCAAACUCCGAGUAGACAUCAUGGAAGUUGGUUUCCCUGCGUCCUCUGAGGAAGAGUUCGAAACCGUCAAGACCAUUGCCAAAACCGUAGGAAACGAGAUGGAUGAAGAAACAGGUUACCUCCCAGUUAUAUGCGCCGUUGCACGAUGCAAACAGAGAGACAUCAAGGCGGUUUGGGAAGCGGUGAAGUACGCAAAGAGACCGACAAUACUCAUAUUCAUAUCUACUAGUGACAUACACAUGAAAUAUAAGUUGAAAAAGACUGGAGAAGAAGUCAUCCAGAUGGCAGUGAGUAGUGUUAGGUUUGCUAAGAGCUUAGGCUUCAAUGAAAUCCAAUUCGGCUGCGAAGAUGCCGGCAGGUCGGAGAAAGACUUUCUAUGCAAGAUUCUAGGAGAAGCGAUCAAAGCGGGUGCAACCACGGUGAACCUCGCAGACACGGUAGGGAUCAACAUGCCGCAAGAAAUUGGAGAACUUGUGAGCUACCUCAAAGCCAACACUCCUGGGAUCGAUGAUGUUGUCUUCAGCAUUCAUUGUCACAACGACCUUGGUGUUGCUACCGCUAACGCAAUCGCCGGUGUAUGUGCUGGAGCAAGACAAGUGGACGUAACGGUAAACGGAAUAGGUGAAAGAAGUGGGAAUGCACCACUUGAAGAGGUCGUGAUGGCUUUAAAAUGUGGAGGCGCAUCUACGAUGGAUGGUGUGUACACAGGAAUAGACACAAGCCAAAUUAUGGCUACUAGCAAGAUGGUUCAAGAAUAUACUGGCUUGUAUGUUCAAUCACAUAAGCCCAUUGUUGGAGCCAACUAUUUUGCUCACAAGAGCGACCUUAACCAGGCUGGAAUAUUCAAAAAUCAGGGUACAUAUUCACCAGAAGAUGUUGAGGUUGUGAAAUCUCAAAAUUAGGCAUUGUUCUUGGAGGCACAACAAUAGGGUUCCAUGGAAGCGUUGGUUUUUCUACGAACUCCACUUUUUAAUAAAAAAAUGCUUACAUUAUGUUUGAUAUUUCUUGAACAUGAAUAUCGGUUUGUAUCUUUUAGUAAAAACUAAAAAUAAAUAAAUAUCGGUUUCUCCGGUUUGGUU